AUGACGAGGGGAAACGAGGGAGAGCCAAGUGAGGGUGAAGAUGAGGCAUCGCUGGAGAUGAUGCUGGCCACUGCGAUCACACGUCAAACCCUGCACUCGUUCAUCUUCGACCGUCAGUCGGCGGUUGACCAAGCCUAUUUAUCGGACACACCGAUCGUGACCGCCAACAAGUCCGGCGAUGAUUUACGACAGCUGCGCUACCGCUGCCCCUGCCACCGUCACUGUCAUCGUCACCGUCACCGUACUCGACUCGUAGCUUCAUCGUCUCUUGCCGCCGCCUCCGCUGUCGUGACGUCAUCAGGGUCAUUGGCCGAGAGCCCUUGGAGGCGCAGGGUGUCGAGUGUCCGAUGGACGGACGUUCAGUAA